CAACACAGCGAUGCCGCUUCAUUGGAGCUUUUAACGCGCCGUGGAGCUGGUGCGCGUCCCGGGGAGCCGGAGGAUGCUCGGGAGCCAGGGGAAGCGCUGUGGAGCCUGGCUGGCCGCGCUGGCAUCGCCUCGGCUCUUCUCAGGUGUCCCGGAGCUGUGCGAGCCCAGCGGGGCCCUGCUGGCGGCUGCCCCACGGCCGUGCCCAUGCUCUGCACGCCCUGGGCACCCAUGCGCUGGCCCGGGGACCCCUCGGCACCAUGAAUGACCAGUACCACCGAGCCGCCCGGGACGGCUACCUGGACCUGCUGAAGGAGGCCACCAAGAAGGACCUGAACUCGCCGGACGAGGAUGGCAUGACCCCGACCCUGUGGGCCGCCUACCACGGCAACCUGGAUGCCCUGCGCCUCAUCGUGAGCAGAGGGGGUGAUCCAGACAAAUGUGACAUCUGGGGGAACACCCCCCUCCACCUGGCAGCAGCCAAUGGCCACCUGAACUGCCUCUCCUUCCUCAUCUCCUUUGGGGCCAACAUCUGGUGCCUGGACAAUGACUACCACACCCCACUGGACAUGGCAGCCAUGAAGGGGCACAUGGAGUGUGUACGGUACCUGGACUCGAUUGCUGCCAAGCAGAGCAACCUCAACCCCAAGCUGGUGAGCAAACUGAAGGACAAGGCCUUUCGGGAUGCAGAGAGGAGGAUUAAGGACUGCGUGAAGCUGCAGAAGAAGCACCACGAAAGGAUGGAGAAACGGUACAGAAAGGAGAUGUCAGAUAAUUCAGAUACCAUGAGCUUUUCCAGCUAUUCAAGCAGCACCUUAAGCAAGAAGUUCCAGCACAUGUCUAUGGUGACUUCCCUGCCAUACUCACAAGCCACCAUCCAUGGCACAGCCAAGGGGAAGACGAAAAUACAAAAGAAACUAGAGAAGAAGAAGCAGGUGGACGGGACAUUCAAGAUCUACGAGGAUGGCAGGAAAAGCGUGCGCUCUCUGUCUGGCCUGCAGCUGGGCAACGACGUGAUGUUUGUGAAGCAGGGCACCUACGCCAGCCCCAAGGAGUGGACUCGCCGCAAUAUCCGAGACAUGUUCCUCACGGAGGAAGACACCGUCUCCCGUGCCAUAAGCGACCCAGGUCUGCACAUGGACUCGGCCCACUCGGAGGUCAGCACCGACUCCGGGCACGACUCCUUGUUCAACCGGCCCGGGCUGGGCACCAUGGUGUUCCGGCGCAACUACGUGAGCGGCGGGCUCUUCGGGAUCGGCCGCGAGGACGGGGCCGCGCUGGGCGAGGACGGCGCCGACGGCGCGGGCGUCAGACUGCGGAGCCGCCUGCAGCGCUCGCCAAGUCUCAACGACAGCAUUGGCAGUGCCAACAGCCUGCAGGAGAGGAACGCGGAGGAGCUGCCCUGGGAUGAGGUGGAGCUGGGCUUGGACGAUGAUGACGAACCAGACACAAGCCCCUUGGAAACUUUCCUGGCUUCCCUGCACAUGUUUGAAUUCAUCUCCAUCCUGAAGAAGGAAAAGAUUGACUUGGAGGCCCUCAUGCUGUGUUCAGACAAUGACCUGAAGAGCAUCAACAUCCCUUUGGGCCCCAGGAAAAAGAUUGUGGAUGCCAUCCAGAGGAGACGACAAACACUGGAGAAGCCAGAUGUCAUUGUAGACACGGAACUAUAGCAGCAGCAUCUUCCUUUUUUUUUUAAUGCUUGGGAAACAAACCCAGUUCUAAGUUGCCAGAAAACACAAGCCAGAGACUCCCUUUCUGGGGCAGCUGAAAGCUACAGCCAUCCCCACCAGUCCCACGGGACUGCUCCCUCACUGCUCCCUGUCUGUGCAAUGCUUCUGGGCAGUUCCUGCCAUGGAGGGAUGACAGCUGAGACUGGACCAGGCAGCUCUAACCUGCCAACCUUCAAGGACCAUGGUCUCCCACUCACUGGAGGAAGGAGUGAGCUGCACAGAUGGCUGGGACGCUGCUGUCACAGGCUGUGAGACCACACCAAGCCAUGAAUGGAAGGAGAUAACGUGA